UGUACACACGAGCUCUAGGAAAGUGCGGGCGCUGUGCUCUCUAAUGCGCAUUGCGCAUGCCUGGAGCUCACACACGCGCCCCCCCGCCGACCGCGCCCUUUGCUCCGGAUGUCCCGCUCGGCCGCGCUGGGAGGCCGCGGGGAAGCCGCCGGAGCCGGAGCCGGAACCUGCUGCUGGGCGGAAAAUAACCUCCAUGUAGAUGAGACCUAAUAGGCUCCAUCUUAAAUCUUCAAAGUUAACAAAUUAUUUCCAAGUUCCCCACACUUAUUUAGUGCACCUAACUACAUCUACUUCUGGAGAAAAGGUACAAAAGGCUGGCUGCAAACACAGUUGAACAGAUACCACUGAUACUCUCUGAUUCCAAACAAGAUGAACACGUUGUCAUUGCUGCUAAGAUUCCCUCACUACCGUUUUCUGAGAAAGAUUUCUUCCAAAAGCUUCCACUCAAAUUUCACUCCUAGAUCAUUAUUUCCAUAUACCCAAUCUUUUAAUUCAGUAUGCUUGUAUUGUACAAAGUGGAUGUUGCCAGCAAGUGAUUUGAAAAGAGGGAUGUGUUAUCAAGCAACCGUAGACCAACAAACACAGGGACUUUGUGACAAGGAACAGAGACUUGUAGACAAACUUUACAGUGGAUUAAUCCAAGGGCACAGAGCCUGCUUGGCAGAGGCCAUUACCCUCGUAGAAUCAACUCAGAGCAGGAAAAAGGAGAUAGCCCAGGUGCUCAUUCAGAAGGUAUUAUCCUACCACAGAGAACAAGAAAAGUUAAAUAAAGGAAAACCACUAGCCUUUAGAGUGGGAUUGUCUGGUCCCCCUGGUGCUGGGAAAUCAACAUUUAUAGAAUGCUUUGGGAAAAUGCUUACAGACAGGGGUCACAAAGUGUCUGUGCUGGCUGUGGACCCUUCCUCUAGCACAAGUGGUGGCUCGCUCUUGGGUGAUAAAACACGGAUGACUGAGUUGUCAAGGGACAUGAAUGCUUACAUCAGGCCAUCUCCAACCAGGGGAACGUUAGGAGGUGUGACUAGGACCACAAAUGAAGCUAUUCUGCUAUGUGAGGGAGGAGGCUAUGACAUCAUUCUUGUGGAAACAGUAGGUGUGGGGCAAUCUGAAUUUGCAGUUGCUGACAUGGUUGAUAUGUUUGUUUUGCUGCUACCACCAGCAGGAGGAGAUGAGUUACAGGGUAUUAAACGGGGUAUAAUUGAGAUGGCAGAUCUAGUUGCUAUAACUAAAGCUGAUGGGGAUUUAGUUGUGCCUGCACGGCGGAUACAAGCAGAAUAUGUUAGUGCUAUGAAACUGCUUCGCAAGCGCUCUAAGGUUUGGAGACCAAAGGUAAUGCGCAUCUCUGCUAAAACUGGAGAAGGCAUUUCAGAUAUGUGGGAUAAGAUGACAGAAUUUCAUGAUCUCAUGCUUACAAGUGGGAUGUUCAGAGAAAAUCUACAUCACCCCUUUUCUGUUUUUUCCACUUUUUGGAAUAAGAAAUGGAUCUUCACAUAGUUUAAGACUUCGAUAGCAAUACUUUUCCUUGGAUACAUAUUUUCCCUAACAAUAGCUGGAUAAUAGAUGUCAUGCAAACCACUUAAAUCAGGAAAUUACAAAAUUAAGGGUGGAUGUAUAACUUUAACUCCAUCCUGUUUGGCAUAUAUAUUAUAAUUCAGUAUUAUGAUGUCACUACCAUUUCUCAAAUAACGCUCUAUCAGUUCAGUUUGCAGCUCGGAAUAUACAUGGAGCAUGUUGCCGCCUUCCUGAUCUUUUUGUGCAAUGGGGCUGUGAUCUGAGUUGGGGCAUCUGGGUACUACUGUAAUACAAAUAAACAACACUGAAUAAUAAACUGUUUUUUGUAAAAAUAUAAUUGAACAUGAUGUGCCACUGUUUGCUAGGCAGCAGCCGAACCCUUUUAAACACAUGAGCACUCAGCGAGGGAGAAGCCCGGCCUUUUUCCUCGGUGCCUUCGCAUAGAGGGGCACGGACAGCACU